AUCCAUUUUCUGUCCUCGUUGAAUAAAGCUUGGUGUAAUGGAGUAGCAGGUUACUUAAAUGUGAUAGUGGCUGGCGUAUAAAUAAAAUAUAGGCGCGCGUAACUGAAGUUUUAUAAAUACUGUAAGAUAGCAUAGCCGUGGAGUUAGAAAGCAAACACAUACCUUCUUAAAUAUGGUUGGGUGGUUAAUACGAGGGCUACCAUGAUAUCAAGUCGUUGGUUUUGAAUUUUAGCAAUAAAAUCAUAUUUCAUGAAGGUUGAAUUAGAUGUCAAGUGAUUGGAGUUUCUUUAAGAUACGCUGAAGUUUUAUGUAAGCGCAGAUUUGUGAGUGAAAAGGAAAUAAUUUAAAACGUGAGGUUGAUCUUAAUGUCUUUACACUUUUUAUAGGAUAAUUGUAGCGGAAAGACGGAAAAAAGGAGAAAAAUACAUCAUCGGAAACAGGAGGAAUUACCAUGGAAAUAGCAGAAUGUAAAAUGGAAAUUGAUCGGCAAGAAAACGGACGUUUUAAGUGCACGAGUUGUACAAGACUUGGGGAAUAUGAGGGAAUGGCCACCUCAGGGAAUUAUGAACGAUGUUUGAAUAAACGUGCUCGAGAAGUGUGUUCAAAUACCCAAUCACAAUGCGAGUGUUGUAGUGAUGGAAUUUCCAGGAACUUUCAUUCACCUAGUAGCGUUUUUAGCAUUUUUGGCCAAACUAUGCAAUACAAACGCUCAUUUUUUACAUGUAAGUCGCUUCAAAUGUUAACAUUCACGGUGCUAUUCAUUUUACUCGUACGGACGGACGUAUGUAAUGGAUUUAACCUUGACAUUACCAACCCUGUCGAGUUUAGGAUGCCUAGUAACCAACCGGACAGUUAUUUCGGAUACACCGUGGCCAUGUUUCGAACAAGCACCGGGCAGAAAUGGGUAUUGGUUGGCGCACCGCGGGCCAACAGCACCUUCCUGCCCAAUUCCCAUAAACCCGGCGCCCUGUUCCGAUGUCCUACGGUCGGCGUCUGCGAAGAACUUCUCAUUGACAGCAAUGACGAGGAGGAGAACAACCCGCGAGACAGCGCGAGAUAUGGGGAGUUCACGCGAGUAUUCGUGAACGGACGUCGGGACCAGUGGCUGGGCGCCUCUCUAGAUGUGGACGAAAACAGGGGCAUUGUGACAUGCGCCAGCCGCUGGUUCAACAAGCUCUUCGAGACAUCCGGGUACUAUUUCAUGAACGGCAUGUGCUACGAGGUGCCACUCGACUUCCAGCCAUCAAACAUCAUCAAGAUUCCCGCGCUCGUCGACGCCGAGAAGCAGACGACAGUUGUUGGCGCCAAUAUCUCCAAGUACAACUACGGAAUGGGAAGUCUUGGGAGCUCCGUACAUUACACCAAGGAGGGGUCUAACCUCCUGAUGGGUACCCCAGGUCUGCACACGUGGGUUGGCGGAUUUAUUGACAUGCGCAGAGACGGGACAAACCUAAUCACUAAGUAUGACGAAGAAGUUCCCUCCGAGAUAUCAGAAAUGGCGGGUUAUUCCAUGUCGAGUGGUCGGUAUUUUGGGAAUGGUCAGACAUUCUACACUAUCGGGGCUCCCAGAUUUAACCUAAGGGGCAAGGUUCUGUUGUACGAGAAUGAUCGGGAUAACUACUUUUUUGAGCGGCCAUUCCUUGUGCUCGACGGUGCUGAUCAGGGAUUGGGAGAGCUGCCUAUGAACGUGUAUUUUGGGGCGGUACUGUGUUCCGUGGACGUUAAUGCCGACGGAACUGACGACCUCCUCGUUGGAGCGCCCAUGUACGCUACCGGAAGCGAAGCGCACGAGGCGGGAACUGUUCUCGUGUACCUCGGUAUGACCAACUAUAUGUUCGAGCCAACACGGAAGCCGUUAUUCGGAAGUGGAAAUGCAGGCGCAAGGUUUGGGAGCGCUAUGGCCGCCCUAGGUGAUAUAAACAAGGAUGGAUAUAACGAUGUUGUCAUUGGCGCUCCCUACGAGGAUGCUCUACAAGGCGCCAUUUACGUGUAUAACGGCUGUAAGACGGGACUCUGGCACCACUACAGUCAGCGACUUCCGGCCUCUGACGUCGCUUCCGGUCUCAUGGCGUUCGGUGCCGCCUUUUCUAAGCCACGUGACAUGGACGAUGACGGUGUUAAUGACAUCGCCGUUGGUGCCUAUUUAUCAGGCCACGCCUUCCUGUUUGCCGGCCGUCCCGUAAUUAACGUCGACCUGACGUUAACGCCUUCUGUCAAUAUGAUCGAUACGUCCGCCAGUAUGACGUUCAGUGUCGACGUCUGUUUACACUUCGACUACCCGUCUAUGACGUUCAUUAACAUUGAUGUGAAGCUUAGCCUGGAUACCUUCAUGGCUGAUUUCUCACGAGUGGCGUUCGAACAGACAGGUGAACGUACGCGGACCUUUCAGGUCAAAGUGUUUAGUGGCGAUCGGAAAUGCAGGACGAAUGUUGCAUUGGUCAAGACUACAGCGGAUCUCGUGACGCCGGUUAGAAUUCAGGCAGAGUAUUCUGUGGCGAACUUCGCGUCAGCGAGCGGGCAUACACCUUCGGUUAACAAGUUUAGUGGGGACAGUCCCGACAAAAACCUCCUCGUGGCUACAAAAGUGCUUGAAUUCAAGAAAAACUGCCCAAACAACAAAUGCGACACAGAUCUAAAACUCAGCGCUGAGGCAAUAUACGUUCAGCACGAUGACGGCUCGUUCAUUAUCGGAGUAUCUGACCUUGAACUUGAUAUCACCAUCAGCAAGACGGGCCACCCCAGCUACGGGUCAAACCUGUUUGUAGCUUUCCCGAAGUCACUUCAGUACCAGGGUGUGAAACAAGUGAACGGGGAUACUGAGGUUCUCUGUGGAUUUGUCGAACUUAUAGAUGGCGCCGGAAGUGGAGGCAACGAUGACACAGACUCCUUGGAGUACCUGCAGCGGCAGCUCGUACCGGAAAUGGAUGCAGAGAAAGAACACAUGCUAGGCUGUUCAUUUGGGAACCCAAUGGCCAACGAUACCGGGGUCAGGUUUAAGUUGGCGAUGAAGGUUCCGGAAUGGACAACUGACACUGAGCUCAACUUCCGACUGAACGCAACAACCCUGAGUAACGAGUUGAACCCUACAGACAAUACACUGAAGACAGACAUCCGAGUGAAGAACAAAGUAACCACGACUUUUAAAGGUGUUUCACAUCCAUCAUUCGUGACAAUCCGUGACGCGUCCAGUCACUACGAAGUCUCCCACGUGUAUGAGCUGCGUAACCAGGGACCCAGCCCACUUCCGGCCUCCGUUAUCAACGUAGCAUACCCCCAGGUCCAGCGCAACGGUGCCGUUCAAUUUAAACUCAACACAACUGAGUGGGACUGUCCUCCGCCGUGUAUGAUCAAGUGCCAGUUUAUCGACCAAGAGGAUAAUGUCGCCCCGUCCGUCUUUGCUGCAAACGUAGGGCCAAGUUACUCCGUCAAAAAAACAUCUUCGGAAAAUAUCGGGGAAGCUAAAGCGCUUACUAGUCUAAGUAACACGAAUUGUAACAAACAGCGAUGCUCACACUACGAGUGUACGAUAACCAACAUAGCGCCCCGACAAAGCGCCGUCGUUACACUGGAAUACGUUGCCACGGGAGAUAUUCUGGACAAGCUUGGGGGAGGACAAGUCAGUAUAUCUUCAGAGGCCUUCGUGAAAUUCAGUCAACUGGAAAGACUCAUCUCUGAAACAACCCAACAUAUAUCCACGGUCCAAACAGACCUGGUGCCCGUCUCUCCACCCCGACGACCCGUCGCCUGGUGGAUUAUCCUGGUUUCUAUCGUAGCGGGGUUGCUGCUUAUCAUCAUAGUGGCUCUCAUACUGUGGAAGUGCGGUUUCUUCCGGCGGAAGCAGAGGGAGGAGAUGGCGCGGAUGCAGCACAGUGGCGAGGUGGAGAAAAUGCUUCCGGGUAAAGGAGAUACCGUCGGCAAAAGCGUCAAAACGCCAGAAUGAGGUCAGCGUGACGUCAUUAUAUUCCCUGAUAUAUCCGAUGACGUCAUCGCGUAUAAAAGCUUACGUCAGCGAUUAUGAUAAACACUCUAUAAGCAUACCAUUGUGUAUCAAUAAUGUGACUUUACGAGAGUAUACUUACAUCAUUAGAACGAUGACUUAGUGACAUCCUAAAAAAAACUCUGUGAAAGUGAUCAAUUAUUGCACUCGAAAGGAAUGUCGAAAGGUAGAUCUGGUAUACUUCUGUAUCUUAAGUACCGUGCUUAAACAAAACUACUUGGAGAAUAUGCCUCGAUUUUGAUGAGGUGUUCCCGAGAAAUGUAUGUCGUAUAGAGCUAUAUAGCACUGUUGAGGCUUUUUUAAAUUACAUUUUGUACUGCUUGUACAUUGGGCUUGCGUGUUUGCCCAGACACCUUUGUUCACAUGUAUGUAUAGUUGUAUUUGGAAUACUUGAUGUAAAUGUUAAUUGUAUUUUUUAUAAGUAACAGUAUAACUCCAUAUGCUAAAUAUAGAUCAAGUGGAACUUGCCCGCUAAAUUGUGAUACUUAAAGUGACACAUAUCAUUAAAUUAAAUUGCAAAUGAUGGUGCCAUUGCUAUUGUUGUAUUGUAUGAGUCAAUAAAAGUGUUCUUGUGUGAUUCAAAGUGAGCAAUUCGACGGUUUUAUAUUUGUGUCUUAUAAUAAAAUUUCCAAUGCUACUCGUUUACACACACUAACUGUUGUGUUAAGCAUAUUAUGUAUUAUGUCAUUUUUGUUUGUGGCCGUGGAAAAAGAAAGCUAGCUAGCUUGAAUAAAUGGCUGUUCCUGUAAUUCAUAUAGCGCGUCAUAUAUAACUCGUCUGUAAAAUAAACACAAAGUCAUGUUUGUUCAUUUGUGCUGCGAAAACAAAUUCUCUGUAAAUCACAAUAUGACACAACUUAUUCCUGUCUGAAUGAUUAUAUCCACAUUGUGCCCUUGUUUUACACAUGAACUGCUUCUUGUAUGUGUCUAUCGGACAGUAAACGAUUCAUUUUAAUGACCAAUAACCAUUCAUGUUAUAAUAGUUGUUAGCUUUUGAUAUACAAAUAUAAUAUAAUGAUCUUCAUCCUGUAUGCAUUUCACAAAAAUAAUGUUGUAUUCUUUCUUGAACGAAUGAACGGUUUGUAUAGCAUAAUUCCGAUAUAUAUUGCAUAAUUAUAUGUCCAUAUCGUAUUAUUUAUCACCAUGAUUACAUACAUAAUUUAAAGAGAGGUAGAGAGGUAUGUAACUGCCAAAGGUAGGACGAUUAUAUAAAGUACAGUCAAAUCUCGCUAUGUCGAAUUCGUUGCGACCUUGAGUACUUCGAGAUAACGGAAAUUCGGCAUAACUGAAAUGUAAAAGUUUUACAACUAAACGGUUCGACAUAAUCAGAAUAUCGAGGUAACAGAGUUCGACAUAUCGAGUUUCAGAUGUAUUAAUUUAAUUAUUGCAUUGUUGUUUGAUGAAGCCUGGUGAAUUCCGUUAUGUUGUACGCGUGAAUACAUUUGCUUUGUACCAUUAUGUUAAGGAAUAUUGCAUUUAAUGUAUAAUACUUACUAUUAAAAUUACAUGUAAAGUAAAGCUUUU